CUGCAGGCAACUGGUGUGCUUCGGCCGAGGAACAGAAUGGACAUCGAGGCCCUACUCAACCCACCUGAGGAGUCGUGGAUAAUGGAGGAGACAAGAGAUGAAGAAAUCUGUCAGGCUGUGUUAGCAGCAAGAAAUGUUCAGGAGGAAGGGCCCAUCAAUGGUGGGGAUGAUGAUGUUGAGGAUGACUCACCACUCGAACCCUAUCCAACACAUCGCGAGGUGUUUCAGGCAGCAUCCAUCAUCAACAGGUAUAUUGAGCAUCUUGACAAUCCCCUUGCACGCAAGCUCGAAGCAAUUUUAGCCUCUUUCGGACGUCAAAUACAUUCAGAGGAAUCCAGGUCAAUGUCUUCCACUCACCUCACUGAUUAUUUC